AUGGCUACAAACGGGUCCAGCCCGGUGGAGGGGGAGAAGGUCAACACCCACAUCGUCACGCUCACCAGAUUCCUCACGGAAGAGCAAGUAAAACACAAAGAGGCAACAGGAGACUUUACUCUCCUCUGCCACGCGCUGCAGUUCUCGUUCAAGUCGAUCGCCUACUACAUCCGGAGGGCCACACUCGUGAACCUGACAGGACUGGCCGGGUCGUCCAACACGACCGGCGACGAGCAAAAGAAGUUAGAUGUCAUCUCCAACGACCUGUUUAUCGAGGCGAUGCGGUCAAGCGGGCGGUGCGCGCUGCUGGUCUCAGAAGAGGAAGAAGACAUCAUUUUCUUCCGCGACAGCGAGAACGCCCGGUACGCCGUAGCCUGCGACCCCAUUGACGGCAGCUCCAACCUCGACGCGGGUGUGUCAGUCGGCACGAUUUUCGGGAUCCACAAGCUUGCCGAAGGGUCGAAGGGGACAAAAGAGGACAUCCUCAAGCCAGGCAGCGAGCUACUCGCCGCGGGGUUCACCAUGUACGGCGCCUCGGCACAGCUGGUCAUCACGAUGCGCGGCGGCAGCGUCAAUGGCUUCACGCUCGACAACGGUCUCGGCGAGUUCAUCCUGACGCACCCGGACAUGCGGCUGCCGGCCAAGCGCUCCAUCUACUCCGUCAACGAAGGUAACUCGCUGUACUGGGAGGAUAAUGUCAAGAAUUACUUCAAUUCGCUGAAGGAGGCGCCUGAGGGCGGCAAGCCGUACAGCGCGCGGUAUAUUGGCAGCAUGGUUGCUGAUGCUUACCGUACGUUGUUGUAUGGCGGUAUCUUUGCGUAUCCCGCCGAUAAGAAGAGCCCUAAGGGCAAGCUGCGGAUUCUGUACGAGUGCGCGCCGAUGGCCAUGGUGUUUGAGAAUGCCGGCGGCCAGGCGCUCAACAGUAAGAUGGAGCGUAUGCUAGAAGUGGUGCCCGAGCACAUUCACGACAAGUCUGGUAUCUUCAUGGGCAGCUACGACGAGGUGGAGAAGCUGGGCAACCAGAUCACCGGCGGUGCCGGUGGCGGCAAGGCCAAGCUUCUGCAGAAGAACCCCGAUGAUAUCGUCGUGACCGCCGCGCUCCGGACCGCCAUCUGCAGGGGCGGCAAGGGCCAAUUCAAGGAUACCUUCUCUGCCGACUUGAUGGCCGGCGCGUUCAAGGGCAUUCUCGAGCGCUCCAAGAUCGACCCGGCCCUCGUCGAGGAUGUUGUAGUCGGCACCGUCCUGGCCCCCGGCGGUGGUGCCACUGAGAUGCGGGCUGCUGCGCUCGUCGCCGGCUUCCCCGACUCGACCGCCGUCCGCACCCUGAACCGCCAGUGCUCGUCCGGCCUCCAGGCCUGCGUCGACAUCGCCAACCAGAUCCGCAGCGGCAUGAUUGAGGUCGGCAUCGGCGCCGGUGUCGAGAGCAUGUCCACCCAGUACGGCCCGGGCGCCGUCUCCGAGUUCUCCGAGGCCUUCGAGGCCCACACCGAGGCCGCCAACUGCAAGGUCCCCAUGGGUGUCCUCUCCGAGGACAUGGCCAAGGCGCGCAACAUCACCCGCGCCAGCCAGGACGCCUUCGCGGCUGACUCGUUCAAGAAGGCCGGCGAGGCCCAGGCCAAGGGUCUCUUCAAGGAAGAGAUCCACCCCCUCACGGUCAAGUUCGAGGACCCCAAGUCCGGCGAGACCAAGGAGAUCACCGUUGACAAGGACGACGGCGUCCGCGCGGGCGUGACCGCCGAGUCCCUCGGCAAGAUCCGCCCGGCCUUCGCCAAGGACGGCUCCAUCCACGCCGGCAACGCCUCGCAGGUCAGCGACGGCGCCGCCGCCGUGCUGAUGAUGAAGCGCUCCACCGCCGAGAAGCUCGGCCAGCCCAUCCUCGGCAAGUUCGUCGCCGCUUCCAUCGUCGGCGUUCCCCCUCUCCUCAUGGGCGUGGGCCCCUGGAAGGCCAUCCCCAAGGUCUUUGAGCUCACGGGGAUCAACAAGGACGACGUCGACAUCUUUGAGAUCAACGAGGCGUUCGCCAGCCAGUGCCUCUGGUGUGCCAACGAGCUGGGCCUGCCGCUGGAGAAGAUCAACCCCAAGGGCGGUGCCAUCGCGUUUGGUCACCCGCUUGGCUGCACUGGUGCCCGCCAGGUGUCGACGCUGCUGUAUGAGCUGAAGAGGACGGGCAAGCAGGUUGGUGUCACGUCCAUGUGUGUCGGCACUGGGAUGGGUAUGGCGGCCGUCUGGGUUGCCGAGUAA